AUGUCUGGCGUAAUACACAACAACGCGGCUGCUGCCCCUCAAGGUUUCUCCAUCUCGCAGCCCUUCCUCGGCGCUGCUUUGCAGUUCUACCCUGAGAUGGGUACCCAGCAACUCGACGACCUCAUCCACGCCUACGUCUCUGGCUCUGCCUCCAUCCUGGAGAAGCGUGCCACUGUUUCCAUGGACUUCUUUGCCUACUCACAGCUCACCGGAGAGACCUUCAAGUACUAUGCUGUCACUGGCCAGUCCCUGAGUUCCACAACCUCGUCCGCCGAUUCCAGCCCCCUGCAGGACUCCAGCUACAGCUCCAACUUCGUCUCCCCCGUCAUCUCCGACUGGAGCUGGUCGCAGUCGACGCCCAGCUCGGCUUCCGUCUCAACCCCAGCGUCAGUGACCCACGAGACAACGCUUCCAAAGUCCUCGAAGAAGGCCGGUUCGUCGGCGGCGAAGUCUCAAGCCAGCGACUUCUCCCACCUCCCCGGCAUGAAGAUCAUGACCAAGGAUGGUCGGGAUGUCACGAAAUCAGCCUCCCGUGGUUGUAAGACCAAGGAGCAGCGCGACCACGCUCAUCUGAUGCGCAUUAUCAAGGCUUGCGAUGCCUGCAAGAAGAAAAAGGUCCGGUGCGACCCCAGCCAUAAGAAGCGCGCAGCUGCUCAAUCUCAGGGUACCAGUACUGGUCCCGCUCCGAUGCGCAUGGCAAAGAAGGUCAAAACUUCUGCGAAGGAUACACGUGCAGUUGCCGAAAGGUCACCGCACCAGAACGCAACAUUUGCAGAACCAUCAUUAUUCUCAGAACUAUCCGCUGCUGGUCUUGAUAUUCCCGACAUGUCAGUCGACCUUCUAGAGUCUUGGGAGUCUUUUGUUCGGUUCGACGACGAAUCUGUCGAUGCUGGCGGUCCCUUCCUCUACGACUUUUUCUCCGACCAAGCGGGCCAUCUCACAUCUGAGUCGAGUCAAUCCUCCGUCGUCCCCUCGGCGGUAUUCGCCCAGUCGCAGGGUGGACUAGAUGCGCUGCAUAUCCCGAGCAUCAGCAAGCCAUUCCCCGAUGAACCUGCUGUUUGCUCGCCUACCCUCCCGUACCUGGACUCCGCUGCACCCGCAAACAACUACGUGGACUUCAACCUCUACUCGCCCGAGCCAAGCUUCCUGGAUGAUGAUAUGGCACUGCUCACCGACAUUCGCCCUGCCAUCCGCAGGAACCAGGGCACUCCUUCGCAGCACAGCGGCCUGGCCCAAAGCGGCCAGUCGCUGUCCUCACCGCAAGUUGAUCGUGAUCGUUCACCAGCAGCAUUGGAUGAUCAGCGGUCAGCUGAUUACGGGGCGACCUCCAACGAAAGAUCUUUAGAAGAAUUCAGCUUCGAAGAUCAUCGCCGUCGCUCGGUUCCACGUGGCGAUACCCGUCCAGCUUCAUCAACCCUCUUCGAAGGGUUGGAAAACACGAAUCCAUUCCCCAUGGAACAGAACGUCUCACCGGUGCGUAUUUCUCAUUCAACGCUACAAGAACUGAGACUGAUCGUGGAGCAGAGCGAGUCGGUGUCUCAAUGGGUUGUUUCCAACAGUCUCUCAGCCGCCCAACCAGUGCAUUCAUCACACGUAACGGACGGAGACCUUCAACCAACUCAAGUACCACUGCCACACGUCAAAUCUCCGUCUACCAGUGUGCUACGACAAGUAGGAGAAGGAAAUGCGAUCGCUGGCAGAGCUACUGGUCGCAUGCCGUCAUCCUUGGGAACCGUGCUCUCACAUUUCCCGAGCUCGCCCGAGGAGACUGCUUGUUACAUGCAGGCCACAAUCACAGCAUUCAGCCGCGACGAUCCAGGGGCAGUCGACAGCGGAGCGAUUGCCACUUCAUCGAAUACCCAUCUCCAGGUGUCAGCGUCAAGGCCUUCGGAAAGUCGUGCCUCUUCUGCAUCGCUCAGUUCUAAGCCCUCCGGUACCCAGGUCUUCGGACUAAACGGGACGCAGCCGCUAGCAACAAUGGAAACGGGCAAAGACUUCUCCUGGAAGCGGCGCCCCCGUGUCGACGACUUGUCCAACUUGCAGCUUCUCAUCCAUACAGCGCUCCUUGUAGCGACGUUUGGUAUGGUUGUUACUUGGCAUGAGGCGCAGUCAUUUGUCAGCGGGUUUGUCCAAAUCGUCUUUGGUCUGGCCAUGUACCAUGCCUACCAAUUCAUCUUGAGUCAAUAUGACUCGGGACCGCAACAGAGUCUUCUCAGUACCACGCCGAAGCCGCAGGGCUUCAGCAAUGGCGCGAGGCCACUCUCCUGUGUCAGCAUGAGACUGCGACAUACCUGUCGUCAGAACCAGGACGUUCAUUGCCGAAUUACACCGGCACGGACGUCUAGGAUUCUGAGCCUCGCGCAAGCGUUCUCGUGA